UUUUCAGCAGCUUUUCAGGAAAAAACCUGUAAUUUCUGCAUUUGUCGAUUUCAUUACUGUAACAGUUCCCGAGAACGACCAACAGGACGGCAUCUUACCUGCUGUAGACAUCAUGCAUAAGGUUUUCUCCCGAUUCAAUGGCCCGUGUUUGGAUCGGGUAAAAUACUCCUACAAUGCCUUUACUGGCUUGGCCAAAUUCCAUCGGCCUAGUGGUGCAUUAUUUAAAAAGUCUGCAGUGAAACACCCACCCCCUGACCUCCCUGAGAUGCCCCCAUGUAGCUUUAAUCCAGAAGAAUACAAGGACAUGUCCAAAGAGCGUAUGAUGGAGAUUCGGAGGCAGAACUGCAACCCAAUGACCAUGAAAGUGACCUACUACAAGAAGCCAGUGUACAUUCACCAGGGACACAUGCAGUGGCUGUGGGACGUGGACGGGAGGCGCUACCUGGACCUGUUCGCUGGCGUUGCCACUGUCAGCGUGGGGCACUGCCACCCAAAGGUGACGGCGGCAGCAGAGAAACAGCUGAGAAAGCUGUGGCACACGACUAACAUCUACGUGUAUUCCCCUCUGCAUGAGUACACUGAGAAGCUAGCUGCCACCCUGCCAGACCCACUGAAGGUUAUCUACCUGACAAACAGUGGCUCUGAGGCCAACGACCUGGCUAUGCUCAUGGCUAGGCUACACACAGGAAACUUUGACGUCAUCACACUGAGGGGGUCCUACCAUGGUGGCAGUCCACAUACUAUGGGUCUCACCUCCAAUGCAGCCUAUAAGUAUCCUGUUGCCUCUGGGUUAGGCUGCCACAAUACCAUGUGUCCUGAUGUAUUUGCUGGCCCAUGGGGAGGAAGCAACUGUAGAGACUCCCCAAUCCAGACCAUUAGGGACUGUAGCUGUCCUCAAGGAUCAUGUACCGCGAAUGACAAAUACAUUGGGCAGCUGAACGAGGUCUUUGCCACCAGCGUUCCCAGUCGUAUCGCUGCGUUCUUCGCUGAACCUAUUAUGGGAGUUGGAGGAGCUGUCCAAUACCCCAAGAACUUCCUCAAGGACACCUACAAACUUGUGAGGGAGAGAGGUGGGGUCUGCAUUGCAGAUGAGGUCCAGACAGGGUUUGGCCGCACAGGAAGUCACUUCUGGGGGUUCCAAGGUCAUGAUGUCAUACCAGACAUGGUCACCAUGGCAAAGGGUAUCGCUAAUGGAUUUCCUAUGGGAGCGGUUGUCACGACACCUGAGGUGGCCGCUUCAUUUGCCAAGGGAGUUCACUUCAACACGUUCGGUGGUAAUCCUGUGGCAUGUGCCAUCGCCUCAUCUGUUCUGGAUACCAUGGAGGAGGACGGCACGCAGCAGAUCAGCCACAACGUGGGGACUUAUCUGCUGACAGAGCUGGCCAAGAUGAGGGACAAGUAUGAGAUCAUUGGGGAUGUCCGAGGGAAGGGACUGCAGAUUGGAGUGGAGAUGGUGAAAGAUAAGGCGAGCCGCAAACCUCUCCCACCAGCAGCCAUGAGCGAGAUUUUUGAAGACACCAAAGACAUGGGUGUUCUGAUUGGGAAGGGAGGAGUGUAUGGACAGACGUUCCGGAUCAAGCCCCCUAUGUGUAUCACCAAGAACGAUGCAGACUUCUUCUUGGCUGUGUUUAACCAGGCUCUACACAACUACAUGGAAGAUCAUCAUUAGGCCUGGCUUUCACCCGGUCACUUCUUUCAGAUAGAUCAAAGGAGGAGUACAGAUUUUAGGCAAAUGAGAAAAAGACAGGCACUUCAAUCACCAUUCAUGCAUGUGCAAAUGAAAGACGCUAGAGUACCCUCAUUUCUCACACAUGAUGCGAGACAUCAAUGCUCAAGAGCCCUACGUACAACAUGCACAAAGAUGGCGUUUGAGGUAGCCUGGACCGAGGUCUGUUUUGUCUUGCAUCACCACGAUCAUAGGAGCACCAACAGAUCUGGGACCAGGCUAGCGUUGGGGUGUCAGUCCACUGGAGUUGAGCCUUAACCAGAUUUAGAUAUGACACCAUGCUUUCUGUUCAAAUUGACGACAUGUGGCUGGAAUGCAGUUUUAACCAAUCAGCAUUCAGGAUUAGACUCACCCGUUGUAUAAUGUUCAAAUUGACGACAUGUGGCUGGAAUGCAGUUUUAACCAAUCAGCAUUCAGGAUUAGACUCACCCGUUGUAUAAUGUUCAAAUUGACUACAUGUAGACACUGGCUGGAAUGCAGUUUUAACCAAUCAGGAUUAGACUCACCCGUUGUAUAAUGUUCAAAUUGACGACAUGUGGCUGGAAUGCAGUUUUAACCAAUCAGCAUUCAGGAUUAGACUCACCCGUUGUAUAAUGUUCAAAUUGACUACAUGUAGACACUGGCUGGAAUGCAGUUUUAACCAAUCAGGAUUAGACUCACCUGUUGUAUAAUGUUCAAAAUGACGACAUGUGGCUGGAAUGCAGUUUUAACCAAUCAGGAUUAGACUCACCCGUUGUAUAAUGUUCAAAAUGACUACAUGUAGACACUGGCUGGAAUGCAGUUUUAACCAAUCAGGAUUAGACUCACCUGUUGUAUAAUGUUCAAAAUGACGACAUGUGGCUGGAAUGCAGUUUUAACCAAUCAGCAUUCAGGAUUAGACUCACCCGUUGUAUAAUGUUCAAAUUGACUACAUGUAGACACUGGCUGGAAUGCAGUUUUAACCAAUCAGGAUUAGACUCACCCGUUGUAUAAUGUUCAAAUUGACGACAUGUGGCUGGAAUGCAGUUUUAACCAAUCAGCAUUCAGGAUUAGACUCACCCGUUGUAUAAUGUUCAAAUUGACUACAUGUAGACACUGGCUGGAAUGCAGUUUUAACCAAUCAGGAUUAGACUCACCUGUUGUAUAAUGUUCAAAAUGACGACAUGUGGCUGGAAUGCAGUUUUAACCAAUCAGGAUUAGACUCACCCGUUGUAUAAUGUUCAAAAUGACUACAUGUAGACACUGGCUGGAAUGCAGUUUUAACCAAUCAGGAUUAGACUCACCUGUUGUAUAAUGUUCAAAAUGACGACAUGUGGCUGGAAUGCAGUUUUAACCAAUCAGCAUUCAGGAUUAGACUCACCCGUUGUAUAAUGUUCAAAAUGACUACAUGUAGACACUGGCUGGAAUGCAGUUUUAACCAAUCAGGAUUAGACUCACCUGUUGUAUAAUGUUCAAAAUGACGACAUGUGGCUGGAAUGCAGUUUUAACCAAUCAGCAUUCAGGAUUAGACUCACCCGUUGUAUAAUGUUCAAAAUGACUACAUGUAGACACUGGCUGGAAUGCAGUUUUAACCAAUCAGGAUUAGACUCACCUGUUGUAUAAUGUUCAAAAUGACGACAUGUAACUUUUGAGGCACACAAAUGAGUUGAUUGUAAUCAUAUGUAGAAAACCUAGAGGGAAAAACUGUUUAUGUGAAGAUUUACUGACACCUGUUUGUCUCUGUACUGGAACUAAUUUUGUUGUAGGUUUAAAAUGUGUAUAUUUAAAAAAUAUAUAUAUAUUGAUUAGUCUUAACUGUGAAUAUAUUCACCUUUAACCUCAGGAAAAGAAACUAGUCCAAUACAUCCAUGGUACACCUGCCCACAUACUGCCAGUGAGAGGCCAUUGACAAACUUUGGGUCAAAAUCUGAAAUAAAGCCCACCAGUAUUGUA